GCGGCGGGCGGGCGGGGCGGGCGCGGUACGUCCUGCGGCCAUAGCGCUGUGCUGGAUGCUCAGCGUGCCUUGCGCGCUGCGGGGCGGCAGCCGCGCGUCCUCCGGGGCACGGGUGGGCUUUAUGCUCUUUUCUCCUGUCGGUAUGGAACAUUUCCAUCUGCCGUGAGGCAGCCUCGCUGAAAAGAGGGUCACCCCACAGCUUGGUCUACGGCUUAAUCAUUAACGCUAAGCGCCGCGUUUCCUCGUCUAUGCAUGCGAACCAUUCCUUUAGGUUAAAUACGCGGAGGCUGACAGGACCAGACGGAGCCCCCCGCAGCAGGUUUCCCCCCGCAGCCGGCUCCUUUUGGCUGCAGCACCCACAGCCUGUGCUUCCCACAUUGGCUUUUCUCAGUGUCUGCAGGCGUAUCGGUUUGGAAAGAAACAAGCUGUCCCCAGCCGAAAGCACAACCAUUUACAUCACUGCAGCCACAGCAUGGUUUCAUGUUCCUCACUUGCAGAGACAGCUGAAGAGCCCAACCACCGUUGGGAUUCAAGAAUCAUAGAAUCAUUAUGGAUGGAAAAGACCGUUAAGACCGCCUAGUCCAGUUGUCAGCCCAUCCCCACCCCGACCACCAGUAAGGUGGAAAAGGGCUUUUAGGAGACAUUCCAGCCACUGCAUCUCUUUUAUCCCUACGAAUCUCUGCGAAGACAAGUUAUGUCAACAGCUGCUUUAAUCCAUCUGGUAAGAAACGGAGGUUAUCAAGUACGAAGGAGAGCCCUGCUGACAUCCCGCCUCUUGCAAGACGAGAAGCGUUCGACAGCCGAGUGCUACAUUUCCACCUCCGAACGCCGGGCAUCCCGCUUCGAUCCGGACGGGAGCGGGCGGCCCGCCACGUGGGACACCUUUGGCAUCUGGGACAAUCGCAUUGAUGAACCUAUUCUCCUCCCACCUAGCAUAAAGUAUGGAAAGCCGAUUCCAAAAGUCAGCCUGAGCAAAGUGGGCUGUGCCAGCCAUAUUGGGAAGCGGAAGGAAAAUGAAGACCGCUUUGAUUACGCUCAGCUGACUGAGGAUGUCCUGUACUUUGCAGUAUACGAUGGACACGGCGGGGCGGCAGCAGCAGACUUCUGUGCUAAGAACAUGGAAAGAUAUAUCAAGGAAUUUGCUGCUCAGGAAGAGAACUUAGAAAAAGUUUUGAACGAUGCUUUUCUAGAAAUAAACAAAGCAUACGAAAGGCAUGCUCAGCUGUCUGCUGAUGCAACUCUCAUGAACUCUGGGACCACUGCAACGGUGGCCCUGCUGCGGGAUGGUAUUGAGCUGGUAGUGGCAAGCGUGGGUGACAGCCGUGCCCUGCUGUGUCGAAAAGGAAAGGCCAUGAAACUCACCAUUGACCAUACACCAGAAAGGAAGGAGGAGAAGGAAAGGAUUAGGAAGUGUGGUGGCUUCGUUGCCUGGAACAGUUUGGGACAACCCCAUGUGAAUGGUAGACUUGCAAUGACGCGGAGCAUAGGAGAUUUGGAUCUCAAAAACAGUGGUGUGAUAGCCCAGCCAGAAACAAAAAGGGUUCAGUUGCACCAUGCAGAUGACGGCUUCCUAGUCCUUACUACAGAUGGUAUUAACUUCAUGGUGAACAGUCAAGAGAUCUGUGACUUCAUCAACCAGUGCCACGAUCCCGCUGAAGCUGCCCACGUUGUUACUGAGCAGGCAAUGCAGUAUGGCACUGAAGAUAAUAGCACAGUUGUCAUAGUGCCAUUUGGAGCGUGGGGAAAGUAUAAAAAUGGCGAGAUCAACUUCUCCUUCAGCCGCAGUUUUGCCUCCAGUGGGAGAUGGGCGUGAAGAUCUGACACAGCUCUUUUCCUGCAAUAACAUGGAUACAACGUGCUAUAAGAGAACACAUCCAUCUGUUCAUAGGUUGACUCAGUGUCUUGUCCAUCUUUUCUGUUGCCAGUUAUGGAGGAUGCAACUGGUCCUUUGGUGUGUAAUUGCUGCUUACAGCUGAUCACAUUUUACUGUGUUUAUUUAUUCAGAUCAGCACUGGGUUUCUAGUCCCAGCAGCUCCACACAUCAUUUCAUUUGCACAGACAAGUCUCUGGGCUUGAGUUAUGACACAUCGGUUUCAUCCCAACUCUUGUUACCUAGUUACCUGGCAGCUGUGAAAGUCCUAGACUGAGCCAUGCACCAUCUUCUUUGUACGUUAAUACACAGGGGAACAAAUGCAGUGUUCUUAGCAAGACAGAAAGGGAGUCUGUUGUUUUCCUAUACCAUGCAGCCAUCCAAAGCUCCCCCAUGUUUCAGGAGAAACAGGUGAAAUACAAGGGGGAAAUAUCAGAAGCAAUUAGCCUGUGGUUAUGUUCUGGUGCCAGGGGCAUUCCAUGUAGCUGAAUGGCAUCCCAAUAGAGCACUUCGCUGGGCUUUAGGCUCUCUCUGCUAUUACCUGUGAUCCUUAAGCUCCAAAGAGACAGAGCAAGCAGGAGCCACGUGCUGUUGGACAGAUGGGAACCCAUUGGGCCCAAAGCCCCUACAGUCUCGGUGGACCAUGCAGCAUCUGUAUGGUGGACCAUGCAGCCUCUGGCACCAUGCUUCCUUCAGCGUGUUGGUGCCUGACAAGAGCACGUAGGAGGAGAAAAAACAAGCAGCCCAUUUUAGCAUUUCAGAGAUUCAUCAAUUUGAAUGUCUUUUUUUUUUUUCUUUUUCCUAAGAAAAGGAAAUUGUUUCAAAGAGCUUUCAAUUCAAGAUUUUUGGAGGUGUGAGACAGUAGAGUUUAUUUCUUCAUAUGUGAGGAUUUUCCUUUUUUUUUUCAGCUAGGUACAGUCUCCCAGGGGCAUAAAGACAGCUGUAAGAUGCCCAAAGCGAGAAAGCUAGAGAAAGAAGAGAAUAUUUUAAUAACAUAUGGCAAUUUUUGUUAAGUUUUGGGUGUUGUUUCCACCAGGCAUCAAAUAGUUGGUCACCAAAAGGUAGCUUUAUACUUUAAAGAUUUCACUUCUCUUUCUGGUGGGAGGCUGUGUCCAAUGAGGCACAAAAAGCCAGAGCCCUGAGCCAGCUUGGUGUUGCUGUGAUACAAACUGCUGGUGACACAUCAACAGCAGGUCCAGCUGUUCCACAUACCUCUUUCGGCCCCAGUUCUCCCUCACUCAAAAUUAGUCGUGCAUCUCCUGUAGCCUCAAAUUGCCCCAUUGUGAGGAAAUACGGGCAGAGAAAAGUCAGGCUUUUCCUAUGUAGAUUUUGUUCCAUGUUUCCAACAGCACAAUUGUUUUAAUUAAAAAAAAAAAAAA